UCGGCCAUCUCUCUCUCUCUCUCUCUCUCUCUCGCCAUCACCUUCACCCCCUCCAUCACCAUGAGCAGCAACCUCACCAUUCAUCGCGCUGCACAGGAAGGCCAACCAGGUCUCAUCCGAAGUCUCCUCGCAGACAACCCAAAGCUCAUCAACGCCAAGGACGAUGUACGUUUUCAGCCCCUUGCCCUGCUACAGCGCUUCCGCUCACUCUACACCGCCCGACUCGGUCCAACCCUUGCAUUCCCGACCUCUCCAUCCUCUCUUGACCAACAACAAACACUGUUCCUGUCUCCUGUUCUGUCCUUCAGGAUGGCCGCACACCGCUUCACUGGGCGGCCACAGCCAACAACCUCAGCGUAACCCAGCUCAUCCUCUCAAACUCCCCCGAUGUCGAGGCCCGCGACUCAUUAGGAUGGACGGCUCUUCUCAUUGCUGCAGCCGCAGGCCAGAUGGAGAAUGUCACCGCCCUCCUGGACGCCGGAGCCAAGGUCGAUGCUGCAAAUGACAAGGGUCAGACUGCCCUCCACUACGCGGCCUC